AAAAAUGGAUCAACAAAUUUGUUCAUCAAUAUUACGAAGUAGUGAAAAAGUUAUGAAGAAUUAUUCAAAAGAUGAAGAUGUUGAUGAAUCAGUAAAAUCAUUUCCAAUUAUUGAUAAAACAAUUGUGUCUCAACUUGCAGCAUCUUUGACAGAUUUGCUAACUUACAAAGUAUCAUCAGAAGCAUAUCAUCGUUACUCAGUAAGACUUCAAAUUAUCAAUACACUGAGAGACUGGGUACGUCCACCACUAGGUUUUGAUGCUCAUCAAAUAUUUUUUCAAGAUGACAUCCUCAAAAACUUGCUACAAACAACAAUUAAAAAAAAUUUUACAAAAAAUAAUAUUAACAAUUUAAACACAGAUAAUGAACAAAUAGUAAAAUUAUGUAAAUCAUUAAUUAAUUUAUCAAAAACAAAUAAAUAUUAUAUUCCAUAUUUAAAAAAAUUAAUUGAUUAUAUUUAUGAAAUAAAAUUAUCAUGCAAUGAUGAUUUAUUAAAUGCAUUAUUAGAAAACAAAGAUUCUCUAGAAUUAGAUUUUUCAAUUAUUGAAAAAUUAUAUAUACUAAAUGCUAAAAAAUUCAUUGAAGAUCCAUUGAUUAAUUUUUUUGUUGAAACAGUCUCAUUUGAAAAUAUCGAAUUAACUCAAGAAUUGUCUAGCUUAUUAAAUUUAAUAUCUAAAUCUUCAAAAUUAUUUACUAUCUGUUCAAAUAUAAUGUGUGAAUUAUUUUUACAAUUAAAUUAUUCAAUUAACGUUAUUAAUUAUAUUAAAUUUAUACUUGAAAAAUUAAAAUGUAUACUUGAUGUUGAUAGAAAAAAUUUAAUUGAUUUUUAUCCAAUUAAAUUACGUUCUUGUGUUAUUAUGAUGCAAAUUGAGUCAAGUUGUCAUACUGAAAAAUCACGUGAGUGUAUUUUAAAAAUGCUCAGAGAUAUUCAUGAUAAUAAUACGAGAGAAUCGUUGACUCUAUUGUUGCAUUAUUCACAAUGGCUAGAUGUUUUUUAUUCAUACAUGAGUUAGAAAUUGUCGUGCAUCAAGAUCGAAAAAUAAAAACAUACUCUAUUUU